CACGUACGCAGAAUGUCAGCAACAUCGCCGCCAGUACCAUUGGCGCUGUCAGAUCUCAGCGCAAAGCUUCCUAAACUCGUGCCUCGCAAGCGUAACUCGAUCGCUCGCGAACCACCCUCUGCCCCUCCCCCGCCAACACCUGCGCUCGCGCCGCCGCCAGACCUCUCUUCGCACACAUACACACACCCUUCGCGCCGCAUACUGAGCCCAGACGAUCAUCAGCUAUUCCUCAAGAGCCCAACAUGUAGACUCGUACAAGCCUUCAUCUUCAAUAUCGCCGAUAGCGUGCAGGACCGCGCCGUGUCCAGCGUGAAGGACUGCGACAUCACCAACACCCUAGGCAAGGUAACACGAAUACUACAAGAGGCAGAGAAGAUCCAAGAGGAGUGCCCGCCGGAAGACACUGGCUCGCGCUUCGGCAACCCCGUGUUCCGCGCCUUCUUGGACAGGAUCGAGGAAGCCUUACCAUCAUGGCAUGCCCAGCUCGGCCUCAUAAACCCCACCCAAAUCGACGAGAUCUCAACCUACCUCCUCAACUCCUUCGGCAACAAGCGCCGCAUAGACUACGGCUCCGGCCACGAGCUAAACUUCUUCCUCUGGCUCCUCUGUCUAAACCGUCUCUCCUUGCUCCCAGCCUCAACCUUCCCCGCGCUCGCGCUCGUCAUCCUGCCCGCCUAUCUACGCCUGAUGCGCAAGAUCCAGGGCGCGUACUACCUCGAGCCGGCCGGCAGCCACGGCGUCUGGGGGCUGGACGACUACCAGUUCCUCCCGUUCUUGUUCGGGGCGAGCCAGCUGCUGCACCAUCCGUACAUCACGCCGAAGAGCAUACACAAUGCGCUUGUGCUGGAAGAGGAGAGGACGGAGUAUAUAUACCUCGACCAAAUAUCGUUUGUCAAUUCUGUGAAGAACGUGGAGGGCUUGAGGUGGCAUAGUCCGAUGCUCGACGACAUUUCCGCCAGCAAAUCCUGGGCCAAAAUCGAAGGCGGGAUGAGGAAAAUGUUCGUCAAGGAGAUCUUGGAGAAGUUGCCGGUCAUGCAGCAUUUCCUCUUUGGCUCGCUCAUACCUGCCGUGGACGGCAUGAGUACGGAGGAGGAAGCGGGUGUACCCGGUGAGGGGGAGGAACCAGAGGGUGGUGAGGUCAAGGUGUUCACGGACGAGGCGGGAAAGAGGCAUGUGCAUGCGGCGGUGGGCUGGGGGGACUGCUGCGGGAUAAGAGUACCGGCUGCUAUUGGCGCUGAAGGGGAGGAGAGGAAAGGCGGUGUGAGGGGGUUGAGGAGGGUGCCUUUUGAUUGACGAACCGGAUCGUGGAGGGAGUGUUCAAGUGCCGCGUUGCAUGUCAUGUUGAAGUGCCGCGUCGCAUGUUGAAGUGCUGCAUUGCCCCUCCAGGAGGAAGUCUGUGGACAGACGAAACCAGCAAGGCACCGAAGAGAACAUCGAAGGGACAAGAGAACAUCGAAGGGACGAUAGUGGUGGUAGUAUGUGCCCGUAGACACUCAUGCAUGCUUGCACUAUAAGACUACAUGAGUUGAUCGUAACAUGUCCUCCUUCGC